GUUGGUCGCUCGCUCUUUCCUCCACAUGCGGCUCUGGUUACGACUCACCUCGCUGAGAAGGCGCGCUACGGAAACUUGCUCUCAUUUCUCCCACCACUGACUGUCACUUCGCGUCUCUACUCUGACACCUUUCGUAUCUGAUCCAGAGAACGCGAUCAGGACUCGACAAGAGUGAGGGCGACGGAUUACCUCGCUUUCCAUUUCCCUCAGCUCCACGAGUAUUCAAGUCUCAUUGCAUCGCUAUGCAGGCCUACGCCGCCACUCUCAGAGAUCAGCAGAAAGCUGUGCCCCCUUCUCCGAAGCCUAUGCCACCUCUUGAUAGGGACAAGGCUACGCCCCCACUCCACAGUGCCGCUGCACAGGUCGGCGGUUCAGCCAACGUUGUCAUCGAGAUCGGCUCAGUACCCACCAAAUACUACGUCCAGAAGGCUUUCCUCGUGCAUUACUCCGACUACUUUCGCAAAGCAUUGAGUGGUACCUGGAAAGAAGCCGAGGACGGAGUCGUGAAGCUCGUCGACGUGGAGCCAGCCGUUUUCAACCUCUUCCUGGAGUGGCUGUAUACCCAACAGGUUCCCAACGACUGCUCUGAAUACAACCGCAUUGCAAAUGCAGGAUUGAAGUUCAGUUUCAGCAACACUGGAGACCUUUGGAAGAUCAAGCUAUACGUGUUCGUGGACCGUUUUGCAGUCCCCACACUGCGGACGGCUUUGAAUCGGCAGAUAGUCAACGACCCUGAUGCUAUUUCACGAAUAACAUGGGACCACAUAACCAUCACGUACGCCUUCGACAACCUUCCAUCAACAGAUCCACUUCUAGAUCUGUUCGUGGAUCGCUACUACAUGGAAUGGAAUGGAUGGGGUUCGAUGCAGAGCUUGCCGCAUGACUUCCUACACCGAUUUUUGCAGAGGGUAGGGGGUGAGCGUGCUCGGGGCCGCAAAGUGGUCUCAGAGAUGUUCAAGAUGGACUUCUGCAUCUAUCAUGAGCAUGCGACUGAUGCGGAAAAGAGCUCCUGUUCCCACAAGUCAAGCUUGGGUGACGGAAACCUCGCGUUGAUGCGGCCUAUCAGGAGCGAGACACGCCUACAGAGCAUGUUCUUUUCCUCACGUCCAGCGACUUCUGCUUCGUAGCUCCAGGUCGGAUAACGUUCCACAUUCUGUACGGGUA